AUGAGGAUUAAACAACCAUAUUUUCUAAUAUCACUAUAUUGUGCGGGAAUAUGGCGAGUCAAUGCGGCAAGUAAUACCUUACCUGAGGUCGAUUUUGGGCCCGUAGCUCAAGUGGGUAUUGCAGGACAAUAUAAUGGACUUUCGCUGGCGAGCCAGCUGAUAAAACCACAGACCAUCGACGUAAACAGUGCAUCACUUUUUACUCUCACUUCCAUACGCAAUGAAAGUGGUACCUUCCAACUCGUCGGGUCUACCUCCAAAGGCGGCACUAUAACUGCAUUAUGUAAAUUACCUAGGAAUAGUAAUAGCAACCAGUAUGAUAUAUAUGUUGGUGGAAAUUUCACGAAUAUUGGGUCAACGUCAGUCAAUAAUAUUGCUCGAUAUGAUUCAGAACAACAAAGUUAUUCGUCUUUAUUAGACGGAUUGGACGGGCCUGUUUCUUCAUUAUAUUGUGACUCAAAUACUGGUAGUGUGUAUGUUGGAGGCUUUUUUUCGGCACCUGUGAAUGCGGCCAGUCAUAACAUUGAUAUCAAGUCGUUUGGUGGGUCAAUAGCCGUAUGGAAGGAUAAUACAUGGCAAGCGUUACCUUUCAAGGGAUUCAAUGGUCCGGUGUUGACGAUUGCAUAUAAUCGUGAUAAUAAUACAUUUUAUUUUGGUGGCGCAUUUGAUGCCACCGCCAAUGGUGAAUAUGGAGCGACAUCCAGUUCGCAGCCGAUAAAUUUACAGAAUGCCGUGAUAUCUGGUGGAAAUAACGCACCUAAACAAGGGUUUGGUGAUCCAAAAGUGUUAAUAUGUAGUAGUGAUGCAGAUCAAGCAAAUAAUACAUGGUUACUUAAUGAUAAUAUUCCUGGAUUUUGGCGUGCUGAAUUCAACCAAUUAACAAUUACACCAACAUCAAUCGGAAUAAAGAAUACAGGAUUUGAAGGGCGAGGCACGAAAAAAUUUAGACUUUUAUCAAUACCGGAUAAUGGAGUUUUGAAUCUUUCAUAUGUUGAUCCGUCUGACAAAACCAUAAAAUAUUGCUCGGAUCCGUGUUCAUUGACACAAGAUUCGAAUCAAUAUCAAGUUUUUAAUAUUGUGGGUCCACAUCCACUAAAUGGGAUACAAAUUGAUAUUAUUGAGUGGUAUGGUAGUGGCGGUGGGCUUCAUGGAAUUCAAUUAUAUCAGAGUGAGGUGGUUGUAAAAGCGGGAGGUGAUUCCGGUUUUCCUAAAUGUGCCAAUACUCCAUUUACACCCGAGGUGAAGUCCGUAGGAUCAUGGAAUUCCAAAGUAUUAUCUGGAGUAUGGGAAAAUGUUCUACAAACAUCAAUUCCAGCAUCGCAACUCUCGAAUUCUAACACAUCAGUCACCCUUAAACCCUACGUUCCGCAAACAGGCUACUACGAUGUGACGUUGACCUCACCAAGUUGUCUCCCAGUCGGAUGUGACAAAACUAUUCCAAUUAACGUGACACUUUAUUUUGCAUCUGGACAAUCAACUUCAAAAAUAAUACCACAGAAUCAAACUCAAGCUCAGACUGAUUUAAUUUACUCGGGAACGGUUCUCGCGACAACUUCAUCUUUUGCGCCUUCUGUUGUCAUCUCAGUUCCGAAUUCGGUGACUCCACCUUCAGGUGGUGUGGCUGUUAUCUCGGUGGAUUUAGUUAAAUUUGUGAUAAGGAAUAGUAGUACUCCGUUAAGUGGAUUAUUUCAGUAUAAUCCGGCGACUAAUCAAAAUUCCGCGGCUAGUUGGGGUGGCUUUAAUAAUGUUUUAUCUCCAAAUGCAAAUGUCACUACAAUUGCCGUAUAUCAAAAAUCAAUGAUUGUGAUUGGUGGUAGUUUCACGACCACAUCAUACUCAAAUAUUGUAUUCUAUGAUGGUUUUAAUUUUAAACCUCUUGUAAAUAACGGGCUUGGUGGUCCAGUGAAUACAAUCACAAUAAUCAAUGAUGAUUUAUUAAUUGGAGGCGCAUUUAAUGGAACAGCAACUCAAAGUACAGUGCAAGAUCUAAAUAACAUGGCACGAUAUGAAAUUCAAAAUCAAAGAUGGUCACCAAUUGGAGCAGGUGUUAAUGGACAAGUCCAAGUGAUAUCAAGAGCCAAUGCUUCAAGCUCAGAAGUUUAUGUAUCUGGUCGAUUCGAUGCUGUACUGAGUCCAGGUGUUCCUAAUGGAGGAAAUCUCACGUAUGGUCUUGUUCGCUGGGAUAACACGUUGAAAACAUGGUCUUCUGCUGGAUAUGUGGAGGGAACAAUUAAUUCUAUAUUACCUGGUGGCACGAAUUCUACUAUUUUCUUUGGUGGUAAUAUAUUAUCAGCACAAUCAUUGUCAGCAUUCGGUGGUGGAUUACUCACUGCUAAUUCGCGUGAACUUUCCGCUUUACCUAUUUAUCCCCAAAGAAACACUAAUGGCACUAUACCCCAGAUGACUUUUUCCACUGGCGUGUUUUGGAAUACUACAAAUACCGAUAAUAAAUAUUCGGUGAUUGUUGGCGGUGAAUUCGAAAUGCCUGGAGAUAUUCAGAAUGUUGCAAUCGAAGAAAAUGGCGUAUGGACGGGUCUUGGAUCUAAUUUAAAGAUAUCAGGAAAAGUUAAUGAUUUAUAUACAUAUAAUGAUAUUCUGUAUAUCGGUGGUGAGUUCGAGGGUAAUACUACUGAUAAUAAGAGUCUGAAUGGAUUAGCAUUAUAUGAUUUGAAAAAAAAACAACUCGUAGAGAUCCACCCGCCACAAUUGAAUGGAAAUGAAAAUGGAAAUGAAGUCAGUGUUAGAGUGAUUCGUGCACAUACAAAAUCAAAGACGAUUAUAGUCGCUGGAACUUUUGAUAAGGCUGGAUCGCUGAUUUGCAAAGCUAUUUGCAUGUGGGAUCUUCAACUUUCACAAUGGAACAACAUUGUUGGUGCUGACUUUGGCUUAACUGGAAAAGUUUACUGGUUAGAUUUAGAUGAGAAACUUGGAAUUCUCAUCGUUGGUGGUGAUUUGAAUUUCAACGCAACUCCUAGUUACCUUCUCGAAUAUGAUUACGGGACUAAAGUCUGGCGUGCACUCGGCACAAAUAAUUCUGGACCGAAUAAUCUUCCAGGUCCAGUUUACGCAAUCACAAUUCAAGCACGGGACAGCAUUUUCAUCUCUGGCAUCUCCGCCUCCGACAACGCAACGUAUUUGCGGAAAUGGGAUGGCAAGAAAUUUAUCGAGAUCGGCAAUAAUAAACUCAAAUCUAAUUCUAUUGUAAAACAACUUCAAAUUGUUCCGAUGAAAACAAAACAUGACGAUAAUGAAAUCCUUAAGGCUUCUCGUAUGCUUCUCGUAUCUGGAUCACUUUCGUUAGAAGAUUAUGGAAAUGUUAGUACUGCGCUGUACGAUGGUGCCGAGUUUUAUCCAUAUCUUUAUACGUCAAAAACUGGUGGAUUACCGGGAAUUGUUCUUUCGAUAUUUUUCUCGAGUUUCUUGGAUUUCAGUAAUCGAACAUUACUCGCUAUACCUCUCGUAAUCUUAACAUCAAUCUCAAUUGCAUUAGGAUUAACGUUCUUAAUUGUCGCGAUUGGGAUGAUAAUCGCAAAAAUAAAACGCAGAAAGAGUUCAAAUAUUACACCAAAUCGCCACUCGGUACUCUCAGAAAAACCAUCAAGAUUCAACGAAGCUCUCGUCGCUCCAGAUCUAUACACCGACCCACAAAAUUCCGACCUACAAAAUUCCGACCUCAAGUCAAGUUUAGGCACCGGUGAAAAGUCGGAAUUAGCCGCUGCCGGUGUAUUCUCCGCUGUUGGUGGUCAUAAAUGGGCAUCAGAACCUGAAAAUACUCAAGGAAUUCCUCCGGCGUCUAAUGCUUCUGAAGAAGAAAGAGAUUUCGAGACUAGUGAUACGAUGCUUGCUGAUGCUGCUGGCGGGUCACCUGGUGGUGGCGCAUUUCAUGAAAUAUUUCCUAAUGGUGGCGGAAGGGCACAAAUUUAUUAUGCGAAAUAUCAUUUCGAUCCGAGAGAGUCCGCAGAGUUGGGUUUCGAGGUGGGAGAUAAAAUAAAUGUAAUAGAUAAAAAUGAUCCAAUAUGGUGGAUGGGUUUAUUGGAUGAUGGAUCGGGAAGGUUCAGACAGGGUGUAUUUCCAAGUAAUUAUGUGACACUUGAUCCGCCACCAUAUGACCACGACGAAAGAUCUUAUUCUGAAGUGACAGACAAUCAACCACCUUCACAAGAUUCGUGA